UCUAACCGCCCAUCACCCUCACUUCCCCCGGAAAAUGUCCGCCGCCGCCACCUCCUCCUCCCUAUCUUCCUUCUCCGCCGCGUCCCGCCACCGCCGCCGUCUCAUCCUGCGCGCCCCCAGGGACCUUAACCUGCGCAACCCUUCCUCCUCAACUCCUCCAAAGCCCCUCUCCAUCAGGGCCCUCUCCUCCCCAUCCCCAUCCCCUCCCCUCACCCAGGACGACCUCAAGAGGAUCGCCGCCGACAAGGCCGUGGGCUACGUCCGCAGCGGCAUGGUCCUCGGCCUCGGCACCGGCUCCACCGCCGCCUUCGUCGUGGCCAGGCUCGGCCAGCUCCUCAAGUCCGGCGAGCUGUCGGACAUCGUGGGGAUCCCGACCUCGAGGCGCACCGAGGAGCAGGCCCGGGGGCUCGGCAUCCCGCUCUCGGUCCUCGACGACCACCCCCGGCUCGACCUGGCGAUCGACGGCGCCGACGAGGUGGACCCGGAUUUGAACCUGGUGAAGGGGAGGGGUGGGGCUCUCCUGAGGGAGAAGAUGGUGGAGGCGGCGAGCGAGAAGUUCGUGGUGGUGGCGGAUGAGACCAAGCUGGUAAGUGGGCUUGGCGGGAGUGGAUUGGCAAUGCCGGUUGAGGUGGUGCAGUUCUGCUGGAAGUACAAUUUGGUAAAACUUCAAGAAUUGUUCAAGGAAGAAGGCUGCGAUGCGAAGCUGAGGUUAAAUCAGGACGGGAAGCCCUAUGUCACGGAUAAUUCAAACUAUAUUGUGGACUUGUACUUUAAAACUCCAAUUAAGGACGGUUUAGCAGCGGGGAAGGAAAUAUCGGCAUUCGAAGGGGUGGUCGAACAUGGAUUGUUUCUUGACAUGGCAACAGCAGUGAUCAUUGCUGGAAAGAAUGGUGUAGAAGUAAAAUCCAAGUGAUAUUCCCUUGAAAAGGGUGAGCUUUGAAUUUGUAUUU